AUGCGCGCUUCGAGCAUCUUAGCACUGUUCGCGAGCUCUUCGCUACUGACACCGACAGUGUCAGCAGCUUCGAAAGAUGAGCAUCGACCAAUAUUUCCGCCUUGCGACGACAAAUGUCGCCACGAAUAUCGCGAUGACCUGGCCCUAACUAAUGCGGCCACUGCGGCUACUGAUGCCCUCGAGAGUUUCGCGGCGUGGGGAGAAUGUGGUUCGCAAGACUGGUGCACAGACGCCGUCAACAUGAUCAUCACCAAGAGCGCCGUCCAUGCCGUAGCGAACAGCAGCAUGCUGGUGCCACCGAAGGAAGAUGUCGAGUAUGCUAAGCAUCUCCUGACAGUUGGUAACACUGCUGCUAUGAACACCGCCUUCGACAUGUACAACAUGCUGGAUGCCAUGAGGAACAAUGACCACAAGAUCCUCAAGGAGCACUGGAAUGCGACCGCCAUACAUGACAAGCACUCCUACUCCACCUACAAUGAGUGGGUCAAUGGCGCUGCCCAUGUACCCAGGACACCACCGCCAAAGGCAGAGAAAGGCGAAUUUGUCCUUCCACAGGGGCCGGACAAAGUCUUGUGGAACGCGGGCAUGCUUUAUCAACAGCUCCAGCAGCCUCCGGCGCUGGAUGAGAUCCGGUUUGGCGCUUUUCUUGCAUGGCAGGAUGGCGUGGGGCAGGCUGGUACUUCUGCACCAGUCUCGAGCGGUUCUGCUGUCCCGACGCAGGCUUCGCCUGCGACAGUCCUGACGAUUACCGUCUCCAACGUCCGCAACCCCGGUACCAGUCAAGCCGUGUCAUUAGCACCAAGCUUGGCUAUCACCUCUCCUCAAAGCUCGACCAUGUCAAGGACAAGUGCCGCCGGUAUCCUCAGCUUCGCACGCUCGAGCAGUAUCGCCAGUACCGGCGAGGCUCCACUCCUGACGACAAGCAUUGCUAGCACAGCCUCUGAAACCCAGACACUUGGCACUCGCACCACAUCGAGCUCUUCGAUAGCAGCGAUCAUUCCUCCUGACCAUAGCUCCGCACGCCCAGGCAGUAUCGUGAGUACCGGCGAGGCUCCACUCUUGACGACAAGCAUUGCUGGCACAGCCUCUGAGACCCAGACACUUGGCACUCGCACCACAUCGAGCUCUUCGAUAGCAGCGAUCACUCCUCUUGACCAUAGCUCCGCACUCCCAGGCAGUAUCGCAAGCACCAGCGAACCGCCCAGCUUGACUGCCAUCACCAUAUUGAAGUCUUCAGCAGCAGUAACCGCUCCCGGUGAUCAUAGCUCCGCACACCCAAGCAGUACCCCGAGUACCGGUGCGGCACCGCCCUUGACUAUAAUCAGCGCCUCUUCUGCGUCUGAACCCCAGACCGGUGGAACUCAUACCACAUCAAGCUCAUCGUCAGCGGUAGCCUUGCCUCCUCCCAAAAGCCAUCACGGAGACAAAAAAGACCUCGCAGCCCUUGGUGCUUUAGCUGUUCUACCUGCGGUCGGAGCGCUGGCAGUAGGUGUCAAACCUGCAUAUGUCAAAUAUAACAACUGGUGGAACUCCAAUACCCCGAAGAUCCCAACCAGGCCACCGAACAUUGUAGAGGACAACCCUCUUGAAUAUGCAGCACAUACUGCUCAAGAAUGGGCAGAAACCAUGGCGCAAGAAGCGGGAAGCUCUUACCAGGUUGCUGAAGAAGUGUUGGCCAAGAUUCCCAAGACCGAACAAUGGGUCGAUAACGUUCUGCAAAACGACUUCUAUGAGCCAAUACCUAAAGACAAUAUUGUCUUCGACAAUCUUGCAGAGAAGUUUACCUCCCAGAUAAAUAAGGCCAUGAGAAUUGGAGGGCGCGAAGUUGCGUUUUUCGAGGAUAAAUUCGUGGCUCAGAGUGUUGCUGUUGCGAACACUGCCCAAGCAGUCCUUGACGGUGCUGGUGGAGCGGCCUCAGCACUCAGCAGUCCACUUGGCUUCUUCAGUAACCUCGUGAAUCAUGCUCUUAGGCGAGCCGGUAACUGGCACAGCCCGAGGUCGUACCAUAGCAGCGAUUGGGAAACCAUCGAUGGCAGUUCAGGAAGCAGUUCGGGAGGCAGUUCAGGAAGCAGUUCGGGAGGCAGUAGUUCGGGAGGCAGUAGUUCGGGAGGCAGUAGUUCGGGAGGUGAUCCGGGAGAUUGGGAGACCGACCCCGAAAGCAGUUCAGAAGGCAGUUCGGGAGGCAGUAGUUCGGGAGGUGAUCCGGGAGAUUGGAAGACCGACCCCGAAAGCAGUUCAGGAGGCAGUUCGGGAGGCAGUAGUUCGGGAGGUGAUCCGGGAGAUUGGGAGACCGACCCCGAAAGCAGUUCAGGAGGCAGUGCAGGAGGCAGUGCAGGAGGUCUUAGUCCUGGCGCCCCCCCUCCAGGCAUCUCUGGAAUUUUCAGUCCUGGUGGCGGUAUCGGAGGCAUCUUUGGUGGUGGUCAUGGUGGUGGUCAUGGCGGUGGUCAUGGCGGUGGUCAUGGUGGUGGUCAUGGUGGCCAUUCUGGCGGCGGCUCUGGUGGCAGUCCUCCUGGCAAUGGUGAAGGAUCACACCCAACUGCCAAUCCACCCAAGGGUCCAGGCCAUGAGUCUGCCAUAUCGGGCACAGCACAUCCUCAGCCGACUGGGGAGCCUCCGAACGAUCCAGAUCAGAAGUCAAGCUUUCAGACCACCGUGAACCCCAAGCCAACUGGGCAACCUUCUAACGAUCCAAACCAGGAGUCAACGCUUGCCUCCUCUGGGUCCAUAACCCAACCCUACAUCACCUGGAAUCCGUUUUCGACCCCUACCACUUUCAGCACUACGACUGGUAUCCCGUCUGAGUCCACCACCCAGCCCUACACCUGGAAUCCGUUCUCAACUGGUAUCCCAUCUGAGUCCACCCAGCCCUACACCUGGAAUCCGUUCUCAACUGGUACCCAAUCACGGCCACCCGACAUAGUCAUCGAGACCCCUACCCCAUCAACCUACAGUACCUGGAAUCCGCUGUCAACUGGUCUCCCAUCUGAGUCCACCACCCAGCCCUCCACCUGGAAUCCGUUCUCAACUAUCAUCCCAUCAGGCCCCCCCGCCAUAGUCAUCGGCACCCCUACCUCACGCGGCUUUACCUGGCCUUCCCCCACCACACCCACUCCCAUCUCAGGCCUCACAAUAACCGGAGGACCCACGCCCCUUCCCGGCGCACAGUUCGAAGAAUGCACCCCAACCUGGUCGGACAUGCGUAUAACCUCCUGGAUCCUCCCACCCAAAGGCGGCCACCCAAACUACUGCUUCUACACCAAAGACUUCGCCAAGUAUCACUACGAGGCUCAGGAGAUGGGCUGUCUCCCGAACUUCAGGAACAGGGAGUGCCGCGCGAAGUUCUUCGAUAGGCAGAUUGACGGAUUGUCGGACGUGAUGCCAACGGAUCCGAGUGAGCCGCAUGAGUGUAUGGACACGUGGACAGAGAUCCACAAGGGAUGGUGGCAAGUCCCCCCGGUGGGCGGAAAUCCACAGUAUUGUUGGCUGCCGCAGGACCAGAAAGUAAAGAAGUCCGCAGAGGCGGAGCGUAAGGGUUGUCUGCCGCAUUUUACGACCGAGUGGUGUCGAAGGGAGUAUUUCUGA